AGAGUAUGUCAGGAUGUGUGCUUGCCCCCGAUUGGACAAAGGUGGAAAGUAUGUGUACCCCUUGUGAGGUUUGCCUUUCUUCAUAAACCUCCGAUUAAUGUACUUUGGUGACAUACUCCAGGAAUCCCAAGGAUGGACCUGGCCAGGGCUCAUUGUCUUAGCCAGCAUUGCUUGCUUCAAAUUUGGUUCAAAAAAUUGUGGUAGUGUUUUUACUCUCACCCAAUGGGAUCAACACUUCCACAUCUCUCCUCCCUCUCCCUCUCCCUCUCAUACACACACACACACACACACACACACACACACACACACACACUUCCUAGCUGCUUAUGAAGUGAGCGACAGGUUCCAGAUGUAUAAGCUACAUCUUCUCUACAUGAGACCUGAAGGUAAUCGGAGGAGGGACUCAGAGAGUCCUUUGGCACACUAACCUCAGGUCGGCGGAUUCAGACCAGAGCCUCAGCAGCAUUGUUUUCAGCUGCUCACAGCACCCCUGAAGACAAAGCCACUGGAUUCAGUGGUCCCUCCGGAAGGCCAGUCAUUUCCUGAGGAGAUAUCAGGCCAGCCCAGACCUCAUUGUUCUUGGUUUCCAGCUAUGGCCGCCAUUACCUGACAAGUACCAGAGCUGGUCUCUGUGCGCCUGGAGAAGUUGUCAGAGUUGUUUCUGCUUUUCACACUGCAGGCUUCUGGUCUGUGGCAGGGAAGAUCUUGAGUUCUGCCCCCGAGGCAUGGCCGGAAGGCAGAACUAGCUAGCUGUGUGCCUAAAUCUGCAGGCGUCUCUCAGGAUUCAGCUGAGGUGGGCCUCAGUCCACAGACAAGAUGCUCGUGGCUCUGGUGCUCACACUGAUGCUCCAUGCUAGCCUCCAGGCUCAGGAAAACUCCUUCACCAUCAACAGCAUCCAGAUGGAGAGCCUGCCGUCCUGGGAGGUGGCGAAUGGGCACAGACUGACCCUGCAGUGCCUCGUGGAUAUCAGCACCACCUCGAAAAUCAGGCCUCAGCACCGGGUGCGGUUCUAUAAGGACGAUGUGCUAGUGUACAAUGUCUCCUCCAGGGAGCACACGGAGAGCUACGUCAUUCCUCAGGCACGGGUCUUCCACUCGGGGAAGUACAAAUGCACCGUGAUCCUGAACAACAAGGAAAAAACCACGAUUGAGCACGAGCUCAAGGUGCAUGGCGUAUCUAAGCCCACGGUGACACUGGACAAAAAGGAGGUGACAGAAGGCGGGGUUGUGACAGUCAAUUGUUCCAUGCAAGAAGAAGAGCCACCAUUUUUUUUUAAAAUUGAAAAAGUAGAACUGAAGUCAAAAUUUCAAGUCGUCAAGACAAAGAGAGAGAAGUCCACCAACCAGAACUUUGUGCUCAUGGAAUUCCCCAUUGAGGAGCAAGACUACGUAUUAGUGUUUCGCUGCCAAGCUGGGGUCCUGUCUGGAAUCAAAGUGCAGGACUCAGAAUUCGUCAGGAGUGAACACGUCACCGUGCAGGAGUCCUUCUCUACUCCCAAGUUUCAAAUCGAGCCUUCUGGGAUGAUCAUAGAAGGAGACCAGCUCCACAUUAAAUGCAUAGUUCAAGUGACACACUUGGUCCAGGAAUAUCCAGAAAUUAUAAUCCAAAAAGACAAGGCGAUCGUAGCCACCUCCAAGCAAGGCAGUGAAGCUGUCUACUCAGUCAUGGCCAUGGUAGAGUACAGUGGACACUACACCUGCAAAGUGGAAUCCAACCGCAUCUCCAAAGCCAGUAGCAUCAUGGUCAACAUAACAGAGCUGUUUCCCAAGCCGAAGCUAGAAUUCUCCUCCAGCCGUCUGGACCAAGGGGAAAUGUUGGACCUGUCCUGCUCUGUCUCCGGCACGCCGUUAGCCAACUUCACCAUCCAGAAGGAAGAGACGGUCUUGUCGCAGUAUCAGAAUUUCAGCAAGAUCGCUGAGGAGAGGGACAGCGGGGAGUACAGCUGUACUGCAGGCAUCGGCAAAGUGGUCAAGAGAAGUGGCUUGGUACCGAUCCAGGUGUGCGAAAUGCUCUCUAAGCCCAGGAUUUUUCAUGAUGCCACGUCGGAGAUCAUAAAAGGACAUACCAUAGGCAUUGGCUGCCAGUCGGAAAAUGGAACCGCACCCAUCUCUUACCACCUUAUAAAAGCAAAGAGCAACUUCAAGACUCUCGAGAUGACCUCCAAUGACCCAGCGACAUUCACGGAUAAGCCCACCAGAGACGUGGAAUACCAGUGUGUAGCGGAUAACUGCCACUCCCACCCUGAGGUGCGCAGUGAGAUCCUGAGGGUCAAGGUGAUAGCCCCAGUGGAUGAAGUUAUGAUUUCCAUCCUGUCGAGUAACAAAGUACAGUCUGGAAGUGAAAUGGUGCUUCGGUGCUCUGUGAAAGAGGGGACUGGCCCAAUCACGUUUCAGUUUUACAAAGAAAAGGAGGUCAGACCCUUCCACCAAGACAUCGUGAAUGACACACAAGCGUUUUGGCACAACAAACAAGCUAGCAAGGAGCAGGAAGGACAGUACUAUUGUACAGCCUCCAACAGAGCCAGCAUUAUGGGGACCAGUCCCCGAAGCAGCACUCUGACAGUCAGAGUCUUUCUUGCCCCGUGGAAGAAAGGGCUCAUUGCGGUGGUCGUCAUUGGAGUGGUCAUCGCCACCUUGAUAGUUGCAGCCAAAUGCUACUUCCUGAGGAAAGCCAAGGCCAAACAGAAACCCGUGGAGAUGUCCAGGCCAGCAGUUCCGCUUCUGAACUCCAACAGUGAGAAGGUUUCUGAGCCCAAUGUGGAAGCCAACAGUCAUUACGGUUAUGAUGAUGUUCCUGGAAACGAUGCAAUAAAACCCAUAAAUCAAAAUAAAGACUCCCAGAACAUGGAUGUAGAAUACACAGAAGUCGAAGUGUCCUCCCUUGAGCCUCACCAAGCUCUGGAAACAAGAGCCACAGAGACGGUGUACAGUGAAAUCCGGAAGGUCGACCCUAAUUUCAUGGAAAACAGAUACUCAAGAACGGAAGGCUCCCUUGAUGGAACUUAAGGGGACUUAAGACAGCCAAGGCAGGUGCACGUCCCUGGGAGGUCGUCCACCCCCCCUCCGAGAAGAGCAGCCGAUUCCUGGAUUGCAAGAGUCCUGUGCACUUAUUUAUGAACCAGCCCUGUCCCCACCGAAAGUAGCAAUCCUUCAGGACAAGCCAUCCAAUUUUAAACCCCCCCUGCCUUGUUAAUUUGGGUAUACAGAGAAUCAGAGGCGCUGUUUAAUAGCCAGCCUGAUCUGUCUUCCUUGUGUUUUGGGAGGUGAAAGGAGGUUCCAGGAGAAUAAUGCCCUGGAGUAUUUUGAGGCUCAAAUGUUGUGUCUCGGAUAGACAGAGUGCUUCUUCGUGGGUCCUCCUGUGCAGAAGCCACUUUCUGCUCUGUCGUCAAUCACUGGGUUAGGUUUUUUUUGUUGUUGUUUUGUUUUGUUUCUGUUGUUCUUUUUCUUUCUGGGCUGAUCUUAAUCUUUGGAGGUAUACAGUGCCGCUCAGGUUUGCCUGGUCCCCUGUGUGGCCUCCUCAGGAAGGAAGACCAGCUGGCUGGGAGCAAUGCCCGUGGAAUGACCACUCGAAGACAGGCCUCCAGCCAGCAAUGGCAAAACUAGAGACUGGAGCGAGCGCUUAAAGUGUUUCCUUAGAUCUUUCUUUUUCACUCCCUGCUGAAGGCCCAAAGAAAUGGUUGGCUACAGCAACUGUUUUUUUUGUUUUUGUUUUUAAAUAGUAAAAGGAAAUGUGUACUUUUAUCACUAAUUUUUCUUUAUUUAUUCCCUGCUAAAGAAACCGUCUCCUGAGGUCUGAGCUCUCCUGAGGGUGGGCUUGAGCGAGUGAGCAGGAGCUGCCAACAUUUUCCCGUGGAAUAUUGUAACUAACCCUCCUGGCCUCCCCUGUUUGCCUCAGCCACCUGGCUACAGGGCCCCUGAGGGGAGUUGUAUUAAAUAAAAAGUGAUUUUUACUCUUCA